GGGAGGUGUUAUAUUAACUGCGCUGCGAGACCUGAUCAGACCAGAUCAGCCGCAACAUGGAUGACCUCAAUUAGACCCGCGUAUCUGACGACACUUUCAAGCAAAGGUGGACGUUUCUCAGACUUCAGUAGGAGAAUCCAACCUAAUUUUUUCAGCGAUACCAUAGUGUCUUAGUUUUACCCAGACUGCUAAUCUAGGUCUGCUGUGACUGACUGUAACCAGGAAAUGCACCUGAAAGCUACUCGUCCCAGCUCUGACCACAUUCCUACAAUCUGCAGGGCCAGUAAACCUUUUGCCUACAGUGGCUGCCUUUAGCAUUAUGAAUGUAUCACAAUGUCAGCUGGUGGGUCCACGCUGGCUCCUCUCUCAUCAACCCAUGACCUCAAACUUGCAUGCACUCAGUGCUCAGUCAAGGAGAGAGAAAUUACAUAUGCAUUAAAGUCAGUCCAGCACCAGUGUGCACGUACUCUCCUGCUCUGCAAAGCCAAAGGUGGCAGCAAGUGGAGGCCUGUUAAUGGACGACCCAAGUUUCCAUUGCCGAGUCAGUAUGAGGUGUGUCACUACUUUGUGGAAAGCAUUGGUUGCACAUACCACAGGAACCGGUGCACAUUUGCCAGGAGUGAUGAGGAAGCUGCAGUGUGGAACUUUGUAAAGCGUCACAGAUUAGACCAUAUACUUCUCUGUAAUCUAGUAGCUCAGUCUGAGAGAGGACCUGAUCAGCCUGACCACCCUGGACCUGUGGGUGACCUCUUGGCAUCGCUGGAUUUGAAGGCUGUCUGUGAUCUGUGCUCUGUCAGGGACAAAGAAAUAACAUACACAGUUCAGUCAGUUAGUCACAGGUGCAGCAGAAAUCUGCUUUUAGCCAAAGCCAAGGCGUCUGACCAGUGGAGGCCGGUCUCUGAGCGGCCUACAUGUGGAAACUUUGGUCGAAAUGUCUUUUACCAAGUGUGUGACUUCUUUGCUGAGGGUUCUGGAUGUAGAGUACAUGGACAGGGAUGCACUUAUGCCAGGAGCUAUGAGGAGGCCACUGUAUGGAACUAUGUAAGAGACAACAAAAUAGAUAAAAACGAGUUAAUCAGACUCGUAACUGAGUCUGACUCGGUUUUGUCAUCACCAGAAAGUGCAGCUAAAAGAAUAGUUCAGCAGUUUUCAGGUGAAUUUAUCGAGUUCUGUAAAGCCUGCUUUCAUGCCCGUCCUCAAAAACUAACAACCAAAAGGUGGAAAUCAACUUGCUCAGCAGAUGAAGCUCACAGCUGGGACCCAGUCUUAGUUCAUCACCUAUCAGAGAACAGUCGAAAGCACAUCUACAACCACGUGCGUCCUCUUCCACCUAACUGUCAGUUUAAGUACUGCAGUCAUGUCAGGCAAGGCAAGCCCUGCUGGCAUGGGCCCAACCACUGCCAGUCUGCCCAGAAUGAGGUGGAGAUGGCGGUGUGGAAAGCCGAGCACAGCGGGCUCUCUGUUCGGCCUCAUCUCCUUCAGCUGAGCCAGCCAGAGCAGACAGAGCCCAGACAAGUCACCAUGUACUGCAAAGUCUGCCUCCUGGUCCUGUCCUCCCCAGAGAGCUUCUACAAGCACUGCUCCUCUUUGGAACAUGCCCAGUUGCUCCAUCAGGACACCAUCACCAGGUGGAGAGGACGACAGCCUCCACACAGCCGCCAAGAUGAGCUCUGGCUGUGUCCGAGACCACAAACUUGUGAGUACGGCAUCAAGUGCCCAAAAGCUCAUUCUGUGGAAGAACUGCAGGAGUGGAUGAUGCGUGCCGCAGAGGAGAAGGAGAUCAGACAUAACAUUGAAGCCCAGGGUCUCAUGUCCUAUAAUGAAAGGCUGUUAGAGGAAUACAAAAACAGCAGCAAUGAAGUGCACAUUAUAUCUGAACAAGUGGAUGAUGUCAGCAUCUCUUGUGAUGAAGAUUUAACUGUGGAGUGUGAACAGAUCGGUGCAACGCUCAAAUGGACUUUCCAUGUUGAAACAGAGAGGCAGCUUGUGCAUGUGGCUCUGCUGAAACAAGAGCCAGGAGCUUCGUUCACCCUUGGUGAUGCGAGCUCUGUGCCCUGCCUCUACUCCUCAGGUGACUACUUUCUUAGUGAAGACUUGACCUAUGACGUCACUGUGUCUUUCACAUCCAUCAACCCAGGCUUGUAUGAACAGUGGUUAGUGCUAGAUUUUGACAUGAAACCAGUGCUCUUGAAGAAACUCAGAAUAAGAGUAGGCCAGCUGUCACUGGAUAACACUGAACAACCAACUGUGACCCACGGAGCCACCAUCCAAAGAGCACAGCGUUGGCAUCGAGGGAACAAGUUUAUCAUCCCAUGUUCGUCCAAGACAGAGGAACAAGAGGAGCUGUUGAAGCAGUACAAGCCUCCUCAGAUUAGCUUUCAGUAUAAAUCCUCCCACAACAGCACAACACCUUUGAAUAAGGAGAACUAUAAAGAGAGAAUGCACCACUUCCUUUACAAUGAGGAACGUGCAGAAGACCAGGUUGUUUCAAGGCUAAAUGUUUGUGGAGAAAUUACAACACUGGAGACAUUGAACAGUGCACAGCGGGGCAUGAUCAUGCCUCCUUGGGGAGAGCUGUUCUGUGCUGUCUCCAUUUCCUGUAAUCUCACACCAGACACCCCCGAGGGACUGGUAUUAAGACGAAGCAUCCAGUCUGCUCUGAUAGCCCCUUUAUCUUCAAGUGAUCAACACUUGAAGGUCUAUGAAGCCACCAUUCUGCAAGACCAAACAAGUGUGAACAAAAUGUAUUUGAAACUGUCUAAAAAAUGUUGCUCUGAUCUUACACUCAAAAAAAACGAAUCAUAUCAAAUGGAGGUGCAGUUUCAGAUGAACCGCCACAGCUUCUGCACUAUGCACAGGGCUGUAGACCUCCUUCCUGAUACAAACAGAGUGCUACCAGACCUUAAAAACUGUGGAGUUCCUGUAAAUAACAUCCACUAUGAGAACCUGAAUGAAAAGCAGCAGUCAGCCAUGGACUUCAUCACAGGAAAUUCCAGUGGCCAAAAAUCUGUGGCACCGCUUCUCAUCUAUGGACCAUUUGGAACUGGGAAAACAUUCACACUUGCUACAGCAGCCAGAGAGCUUUCUAAGCAGCCUCACAACAAAGUGCUGAUUUGCACCCACACCAACAGUUCUGCAGAUCUGUACGUCAGAGAUCACUUCCAUCCGUUCAUUGACAAGAAAAAUGCUGGAAUGAGGCCAAUUCGAAUAAAAGCAAACAAACAAGGCAGUGCUUUGUUGGCCACGGAUGAGAUUACUAUGAAAUACUGUUUUCUUUCAGAAGAUAGGCAGCAUUUUCUACCACCUACAAAAGCUGCCCUGGAUUGCCACAAAAUCAUCAUAACUACCACAACAAUGGCAAGACUUUUUCACGACCUGAAGCUCCCGGAGGGAUACUUCACCCACAUUCUAAUUGAUGAAGCCUCUCAGAUGCUAGAAUGUGAAGCCUUGAUGGCCCUUGGUCUUGCUGGGCCAAACACCAGAGUCGUUUUGGCUGGAGAUCACAUGCAAAUGGGACCCAAGCUUUUCUCAGUGGAUGAUCAUCACCGUUCAGAUCACACAAUGCUUAACCGCUUGUUCCACUACUACCAAGGCCAGAAGUGUGACGCUGCUAACAAUAGCAGAAUCAUUUUCAGUGAAAACUACCGCUCAACCAAAGAAAUAGUGGAGUUUGUAUCCACCCAUUUCUACGUCGGUAAGAAUGACGUUAUAAAAGCCAGUGGAAAUAUUCCAGCUCCUGCAGAUGGUCAUGCCCUAAAGUUUCAUCAUGACAGGGGAGUGUGUCUCUUGGACACUGUGUCUAUGUCUUGGUAUAACAAUGAAGAAGUUGGUAAAGUGGCUGAAGCAGCGAAAGAAAUUCUGGAACAGUGGCCAUUGACAUGGGGGCCCAAGGACCAAAGCUCAAUCUGCGUUCUCUCAGAGGGAUUUCAGGUUCGGAAAAUUAGGACAGCACUUUCGAGAAGAGGCCUCCCUAAAGUCCAUGUUGAGAAUCUGGCAAAUGUGCAAGGAAAACAGUUCAGGGUAGUCAUAAUUACAGCUGUGCAAACACGUGACAGUCUGAAAAUGUCACACCUGCCUGGUCUGGAGCUGUUCAAUGAUGCCCGUGUGUUAAACACUGCGAUGACUAGGGCUCAGUCCCAGGUGGUUGUGGUUGGAGAUGCUGCUGCUCUCUGUUGCUUUGGGAAAUGCUCAGGAAUCUGGAAGAGCUACGUAGACCACUGCAUCAGCAACAACAGUGCUGCACCACAGCAUUUCACAAAGGAUUUCUUUGAAAAAGAUGUUGUGGAAACUCUAAGGUUUCAAAAAUCUGAACAUAUGGAUGACAGCAACACUCUCAGUGAUGCAAUUCUUCAAGAGCUGAAAGAUGAAUAUGAACAGCUGAGAUCAGAGUACAGUUCCGAUGAUGACAGCUUGGAAUUUGAAGGCUUCAAUCCCCACAGGUCAAGAUCAUCAAACAAUAUCACUGAUCUUGACAAAGUCCCUUCAGAGUUAUGUGAAAAACAAUCUGAGAUGUACCAGCGAGGAAAGUUGGUCAGGGAACCAUAUAACAGAGGUUAUGUCAUUCCAUCUAAUAAUCCCACCAGACGUAUAACCAUCAAGGGAAGGGCAAACCUGGGUAAAGCCUUCACUGGAGACGAAGUGCUAUUACAAACAGCAUCAUCAUCAAAAGUAAUCAGGAUCAUCAAGAAAGCUGAAUCUGCCUGUGUACUUGUGUGUCUUCUUGAGGAUGAGGAUCACAGCAAAUCAAGACAGCGUUCUGAAGACAGAUUUGUCAAAAGAUUGAUGAUGCCCAUCCAAAAAUCUGAGCCCAAAAUAUGCAUACUGAUCAACAAGAAAAGACGUAACUUCAUUCCAAUAUGGGAGCAAAUUGAUGGAGAGUGGACGAUUGCAACACAUGAACGUCUUAAUGAAAAGCUGAAACGGAACAAUGUAUUUAUUGUGCAAGUGAUUGGAUGGAAGGAAAAUUGUUAUUUUCCAUUGGGGAAGGUCAUAAAUAUUCUUCCAGUUGGAAGUUCCUUGGUUGAUGGACUAAGGAUCCUGAAUGCUGAAUUCAGAGUUGAACCCAGUAUGUAUAAAUCAGAUGAGGCAGAUGAGGCAGAUGAAGAUGGGAGACACAGACAGGACAUACGUGAUGUAAUCACUUUCACUGUUGAUCCAAAAGGAGCAAAGGACUUGGAUGAUGCCAUCAGUGUCAGGGACAUUGGAGGCCACUUUGAGUUGGGAGUCCAUAUUGCAGAUGUGGCAAGCUAUGUGAGUCCAGGUAGCGAAUUAGAUGAGGAUGCAAAACAACAAGGGGCUACAUAUUACUGCAGUAGAGAAAAACCAAUUCAUAUGUUCCACCAUGACUUGAGCACUGGACGCUUCAGUCUUCUGCCAGGUAAAGAUCGCAGGGUGGUUUCAUUAAUGUUCAAAGUAACCAAGGACACAAAUGAGAUAAUUGAUAAGCCCAAAUUCCAAUUGUCAUUGAUCAGGUCAGACAAGCAGUUUUCUUAUGAAAAGGCAGAGAAAGAAAUCACCAAAAAAUAUGGAAAGAGACUGAAAUGUGACACAGUAGAAGACUGUGUUGCAGUGGCUUAUUGUUUUGCAAAGGCUCACAGGAAGAUCAGAAUUGUGGAUUGGCCUUAUUCCCAAACUGAUGCUGAGAGAUUGCCUGGACAGCGCAAAGCCCAUCUGAUGAUUGAAGAGCUGAGUGUGUUAUUCAACACACUUGCAUCAGAGACUUUGAUUGGUUCAGAAAAAACCAGGUAUUACACACCUCUUCGCUGUCAGGAAAAACCAAGGCCUGAAAAGGUUGAAGAAUUCAUGAAGAAAUGUGGAGAAUUUAUACCUCUGUCCUUUCAUGUGCGGCAUAAAGUUGACCAUGUCAAAGAAGACCAAAACUGUGAUAACUUCCGCAUACUCGCAGAAGUGUGGAAAGAUAUCCAGUCAGCUGCCAGAGACAAUGACAUAGACAAAAUGGUGGACCUGGUUGCUGCAGAUGACAUCUACCCUCUGAUCCAGCCAGUCGUUGAGCAGUUCAGAAGGUGCUCUAGUAAAGCGUAUGUCAUCCGUUCCAAAUCCUCUUCCAAAGCAGAGGUUGGGCAUUAUUCUCUGAAUGUAACAUCUUACACACUAGCAUCCUCACCGAUUCGGCGGUACAUGGACAUCGUCUUACAGAGACUUUUGCACGCUGUCAUAUGUGACAGGAAGGUACAAUAUACUCGAACAGAGAUUUCGGCCAUGUGUGAUCAAUUUGAGGACAAACUCAAGAUUGCCAAGGAGUAUGAACAAAAGGCUGAGCAGAUCUCCUAUGGAGUGAGCAUGACAAAACAAAGUGUUUCAAAGUUAGCCUUUGUUGUUAGCACAGAUGCUGACAGAGAUAGCUUUGCAGUGUCAUUUCCUUUUAACAAGGACAUAUUUGCAGAGAGUUUAUCAAUAAUGUACAAAGACUUACAAUUAGAGGACCAACCUUUUUUUGAUGAAGCAAAUCAUUGCAUCUGUCUUCAAUGGAAAAAGCGGAUCUAUGCUGCUGACACCAUGCAAAUUCCCAGAGAGCUGAAGAUGCUGCCAGACUGUCAACCCUGCAUUGAGCUUCCGCUCACAAUAUGGAAAGAAGCUAUUAAAGCAAUUGAUGAAGAAAACUGGGAUUGUGCAAAGUUCCUCCUAAUGGAUGCUGCUACAAGGUCACUGCAAAAUAAAAAUACUUUGCCACAAUCAUGUGAGGUGCCUCAUGCCAAGAUUAACACAUGUACCCCAGAGGAGGUCACAGAGGUGCAAAGUGAGCAUGAAGUUGACAUCAGCCUCCAGUUGCAGCCAGGUGACACCCUUCAGAUCCAAAUGACAUCAGAGGUAAAAAGAGGUUAUCACAUGCCUGCUGUCCAGUUGGUGCACAUCAAACCAAAGUUUGAGAUUUGUGUGGACCAUGUCCACAGCCCUAUCACGUGCUUCUCCAGAUCUGCAGAUGAUCCAUCAAGAAUUCAUUAUAGUGACACCAAGGAGUAUGUACGGAUCUGGAAACCAAUGUGUGAUAUGGAAUCUGCUUCCACUGCAGUGGAUGAAAGUGACAGCAUAGUCAUUGAGAACCUGGUGGUAAACUUCAGUAAAAGGGAAAGCACACUAACAGGAAGCUUCUUCUUACCUCAGGAAUGGAUCAAUGAAUGGGCCAUUGAAUGCAACUUUUCAAAGUGCUUAUUGUGCAUACGGAAAAGAGGUUUGAAGUUGACCCCAGAACAUUACACACUGGUUGAUCCCAGAGAGUUCACAUGGGUGGCCCAUGGUGUCACAAGGAAAGUGGAACAGAAACACUCGACAAAUGAAGGAAGUACAGUGGAGUUCUAUGUCAAUCACUUGCCGAUGGAAAACAUUCCUGAUUGUGUCUUUCAGAAAAACAUAUGUUUCACUGUUGAAAUAAUCCCAAAGCUCCUGCCUGACAUCCGCAAAGAAAAUGCUGUGCUCAACAUUUCGUCUGCAUGUGAUCUUGUCCAGAGAAUAGCACUUGGACAACGCAUUCCAAGAGAGGUAAAAGCAAGAGAUUACAUCAUGAGGAAACAGCUAUCCAAUGGACUACCAAGCCUUAACCAGAGUCAGUCUCGUGCUGUGGAUAUAGCUCUGAAUAACUCCUUCACACUUAUACAGGGACCACCUGGAACUGGAAAGACAGUCGUAGGUGUGUACAUAGUGCACGGUUUCUUUGAGCAGAACUCAACGAACCAAAGGAAAUUUGAUGACCCAAAGGAUAAGAACAAGAAACAAGUUAUUCUCUACUGUGGCCCAUCCAACAAGUCUGUGGAUGUUGUUGCAGAGUACCUAUUGAGAUUUAAGGACAGUCUAAGGCCCCUCAGGGUCUACAGCCAACAGGUGGAGAUGCUUGAUUACCCUUAUCCGGACUGCACCCUUCAGUUUUCCAGGAGGACACGCCGUCAAGAUCGCUCCAAAGCAGAACUCAGGAGCAUCACUCUGCAUCAUCGCAUGCGAGAGAACCAAAAUCCUCAUUCAAGUCAAAUAAAAGAUUUUGACCAACGCAUUAAACUUGCCCUUGAGGAAAAAGGAAAAAAGCUGACUGCUCAGGAGGUGAAAGCAUACAAAAAACUUCUCAUAGAUGCUCGGACGUAUGAGCUUCAACGGCAUGACAUCAUAUUGUGCACAUGCACACAAUCUUCCACCCCGAGCUUGACUAAGACCGUCAGUGCACGUCAGAUCCUCAUUGAUGAAUGUGCAAUGGCCACUGAACCCCAGGCCCUGAUUCCAUUAGUCUGCAACAAACCAGAGAAGAUUGUUUUGAUCGGUGACCACAAGCAGCUUCGUCCCAUUGUGAAGAACGAGCGUGUGAGGAAGCUGGGGAUGGCCAAGUCUCUUUUUGAACGCUACUAUGCAAUCCAUGAGAACAGGGCAGUGAUGCUGGACACCCAAUACAGGAUGCACUUGGACAUAUGCAAGUUCCCAUCAGAAGAAUAUUAUGAGGGAAAGCUGAAGACUGGCGUGGAGCAGCCGAGCAGUGUCCUGCGUGUGGAUGAGAGGACAAUGCCGAUUGUUUUUGGGCAUGUCAAAGGACAGACCAUCAGACUGGUUGUCAACACAGCCAAGGGCAAUGAGAACUCUAAAGCAAACAAAGAAGAGAGAAAGAAAGUGAUUGACAUUGCUGAAAAGCUGGUGAAAACUGCCAAAAUCGAACAGCAGAGUAUUGUGAUUUUGUCGCCGUAUAACGCACAAGUGUCAGAAAUAAGAGAAGCGCUGAAGAAGAAGAAAAUGAAUAACAUCACUGUUACCACAAUCACUAAAAGCCAAGGAAGUGAAUGGCGUUACGUCAUCAUAUCUACAGUGUGCUCUCUGCCAAGUGAAGAGAUUGAGAGUGAACCAGAGAGGGCUUGGAUUUCCAAACAUCUGGGCUUUGUGGGUGAUCCCAACCAGAUAAAUGUGGGCAUCACCAGGGCCAAGGAGGGACUGUGCAUCAUUGGGAACCAGGAGUUACUGAGCAAAAGUGGAGCUUGGAGAAAGCUCAUGAACCACUACAAGAGUCACAUUGCGGUGACUGAUGCAGACAAGAUUUCGGUUCAUGGUGCUACAUAGAUGAUCUAUCCUUUUUUGGAGACUUGACUCUACAAGCAGCAGAUCAGAGCUCCCAAAUUUAAGCAUUGCUUAAUGAAAUCUGUGUAUAUAUAUUUUUGUUUCUAUGAUGUCACCAUAAUGUUUUUUUAUUCUUUUUGCAAUUUAAUAGCAGAUUUUGGAUUUUUGAUAUUGACACAGCUGUUGUUGUUACGCUCUGAUUUACAUACGCCUUUCUCCUUAACAUAUAUACAUGUUUGUUUUGAAUUUUUCAUUUUUGAUUCUAGUUUAACAUAUUGUAUUUAGAAGAGGUUGUAGACCUCUAAAGUAAAAGACUUUAUCACUGAGUGCGAGUCUUGACUGUGAAGACAGAGUUCAGCUGUUGUUUGCAUCUGUUUAGCUGACAUGUACAGAAUUACCACUGUAUGACCCCCAAUGGGUCAGUGCUCCUGAUAACUGAUGAAUGAGUCAGUAGUGUUUUUCAUUGCAGGACAGCUGUUCUUAACGCUCACCAUUCAGUGAGUCCAGUGUCCAAUUUUUUAUGUUUAAUUUCUCAUGACAUGUUUUUGUUUUUGCUACCUUUUAAACUAAACUAUUAGGCCUAGAGGCCUUGAAGCUUCACAGGGCAGUUGUAGAAGUAAGAUUUAGAAGUAUUUUUGAGCUUUUGGAGAGCCAGAACUGCUGCUCAUGCUUUUCUUUGUCUGUAUAGCCAUGGUAAAACACACACAAGACACCCUCAACCCCCACACACACCAUUUUAUUGUGUAAUAUUUUCAUUGUAACCCUUUUCUACAUUCAGUGGUUUUAGUAAAAGUGUAUACAAAUGUAGAAAAACAUUAAAAUUGUUUUAUUCGAGGUUUUAA